GUUCACUCUGUUCAAUCAGAUUCUCAAUUCUCAACCACAAAUCCUAAAGAUCCUAACUUUUGUUUUACUUUCCCGGAAAUCACACGAAAGAAGGAUUUCAGUCUCUCCUCUUUCCCGGAAGAAAAAAGUAUGUGCAGUAAGAUGGCGUUUACUCUAACGAUCCCUCGAUUUUACUCUGCGAUUUCUCGCAAACCCACCACUUGUUCAUCUUCUUCGUUCUCGUCGUCGCCUUCGAGGCCACAGUGUGCUUACUUCAGCUAUAGACGAUCGAUUUCUCUCAGACGAAGACUUUUCUUAUUGCCCGUUAAAGCUACCACUGAUCAAUCAGGUCCGGUGGGUGGAGAAGAAGUGGAUAGCAAGAUUUUACCUUAUUGUAGCAUCAACAAGAAUGAGAAGAGAUCACUCGGCGAAAUGGAACAAGAGUUUCUCCAAGCGAUGCAAUCAUUCUAUUACGAAGGCAAAGCGAUUAUGUCUAACGAAGAGUUUGAUAACCUUAAAGAAGAGUUGAUGUGGGAAGGAAGCAGUGUUGUGAUGCUAAGUUCUGAUGAACAAAGAUUCCUUGAAGCUUCGAUGGCUUAUGUCUCUGGAAACCCAAUCUUGAGUGAUGAAGAAUAUGAUAAGCUGAAAAUGAAACUAAAGAUGGAUGGAAGUGAUAUUGUGUGCGAGGGUCCAAGAUGCAGCCUUCGUAGUAAAAAGGUUUACAGUGAUCUAGCCGUAGAUUAUUUCAAAAUGUUCUUGUUGAAUGUACCAGCAACUGUUGUUGCUCUCGGACUAUUUUUCUUCCUCGAUGACCUUACGGGUUUUGAAAUCACGUACCUUCUCGAGCUUCCAGAACCAUUCAGUUUCAUUUUCACGUGGUUCGCUGCGGUGCCUGCAAUUGUAUAUCUGGCGCUCUCACUCACUAAGCUAAUCAUCAAGGACUUCUUAAUCUUGAAGGGCCCUUGUCCAAACUGUGGAACAGAGAAUACAUCCUUCUUUGGAACAAUACUAUCUAUCUCCAAUGACGGUUCCACCAACAAUGUCAAGUGCUCCGGCUGUGGAACGGAGAUGGUUUAUGACUCGAGUUCUCGUUUGAUCACAUUGCCAGAAGGAGGCAAAGCUUAAACAAUUAAGCCAAGGGAAAUGUAUGUAAAAUUUAUACUAACAGUUGAAGGAAGGUGGAGAAAUCAAAGAAGAAAGAAGGAGAAAAGGCAAAAGAGUUUGUUUGUGUGCUGUUUUGUAUAAUCUUGAGAUCUUUCCAUGUAGCUCUCGUUGACUUGUAUUGUGUUUGUAAGUAAGUGUGAGGCGCAAUCAGAGAGAAACAUCAUAUAAUUACUUCUUUGGGGAAUUUCGCUCUCACUAGAAAAAAAAUCAAGAAAAAAUGGCACAACAAUUACAUACAUUUGAUUUUUUUUUUAUUUGAUAGUUUAA